GUCUAGAAAACAUGUAACACAAUUUAGUCAGAAGUUAUUCAUAAAGAAAAUUUACCAGGCAAAAUUUUAACAAACACGCUGUGUAAGCUGUUAUGAAGACAUUGAACGGUGUAACAUUAGAAGAGCGUAUUUCUGUUGUGGUGUUACAAGAUGUCAGAAGAUGUAGGAAAUUUGAAAACAAUAGUUGUCAAGCCUAUAGUUUACGGAAACGUUUCACGCUAUCUAGGUAAAAAGCGCGAAGAAGAUGGAAGAACACACCAAUGGACUGCGUUUCUUCGUCCUUACAACAAUAAUGAAGACUUAUCAACAUUCAUUAAAAAAGUGCACUUCAAACUGCAUGAAAGUUAUUCGAAUCCUAUUCGAAUUGUUAAUAAACCCCCUUUUGAACUAACGGAAACAGGAUGGGGAGAAUUCGAUAUAACAAUCAAAGUCAUAUUUACUGAUCCAAAUGAAAAACCCUUAGUAAUAACUCAUCUUAUUAAAUUAUUUCAUUGUGAUCAUGAAAUAAUGAUGGGUCAUAGGAGUUUGGUUCGAGAAAUUUACGAUGAAAUGGUGUUUGUUGACCCUUCCCCAACCUUUUAUCGUGCGUUAAUGAGCAGAUCUCAAAUUCCUCCAAAUAUACCAACAAUUCCACAUGAAACGGACUUUAAAGAAACGAAACGUCAAGCCCUGUAUUCCAUUCAAGAACUAAACAGGAAGGUAACUGAAGCAAUUGAAGUAUAUAAAAAGCAACUGAUAUCAAGAAAAGCAACUAUCGAGGAAGUAAAGUUAAUUGUUAAUGAAGUAGAUGCUACAACUGUUGGUACUAUCAUGCAGUAAUAAUGUAUAUACUUGUAAAUAUUUAAAAGUAUAACCAGCAUUUAUUUUUUCAAAGCACCACGCACACUUAAUUGUUGAGAAUUCUGAAGCUUUACGGUAUCAUGGAUUAUCUUAGAUAAUUAUUUUAUCGCUAAGUGAAUAUUAUUUCUGGUUGCACAACUCGCCAUUGUACGUUAGAUAAUUUUUUAUCUAGUAAUUUCUAAGUUCGGAAUACGAUAACAGGAUCGCAAGUCUCUUACAACCGUUUUAAACAGUCUGUACAGUUCCACUAUGAAUAGUACUCACUCUGCAUAACAGAACUGAUUCUAGAAUGCUAUAAUAAAAUGCCAUUUCCUUAGUGUCACAAGUCAAAUUAUU